AUGGAUGAAUACGAUAAUCUAGUGAAGCUUCUCACUUGUAACACUAGCGCGGACUCGUCUUCACAACUACAAAAGAUAUCGACAAGGCAACAGGAGUCAGUUCAAAGAUUGGGCCAAAGAUCGACGCCAAAACCGAAAUCCUUGCCGGAGCAGGAAGAUCCUAUGAAGGAGUGCACAUUCCACCCCCAGAUUAUUAGUCAAUCGAAAGAUUAUGUGCACAAGGAAAAAGAUCCUCAUCUCCGUCUCUAUGAGCAAGCAAAACAGAAACAAGAAACACUGAAUCGAAAGAUGGAAGAAAAGAAACUUCAAGAGGCCAUUGAAAAAGAGAACGAGAGGCCCACUUUUCAGCCUGUCCUAAUUUCAUCCUCUAAGUCGAGACAUAGAGCAGAGCGAGACGCUUUUAAUGCCCUGUAUAACGACGCCAUAAAGCAGAAAGCCAAAAGAGAUGAGCAGGCCAUAACCUUUACGACAAUUGACACAUUUAAGCCGAAGACGCAUACAAGAGCCUUUGAUCGCGAAUCAACUAUUCAAACCAUAGUUGAUCAGCUUUCGAACCUGCACUAG